AUGCUGAGCCUGCUAAGCGUCUUUCGACUUCCUCCCCGCGUGGAGCUCAGCUUUCAGCGUGCUUCCGUCCACUUGGUCCACGACGUGAAACGCCUGGAGGACGGCGAGGACUUGAACGAUGCGUUGCUGGACUUCUUCGUGAAGCUGGGCCAGGCGCUGAUCCCCAAUGGAAGGCAGGACACGGGCUUCAACGCAGGCCUUUCUCCUGUGGCGUACCUCGGCUCCUACUUCUAUGGGAUGCUGCAGAAGGGCCACGCCUCGGAUGGCCGCGCAGGUCAUGCGAACGUGGCCAACUGGGCCAAGCGGCGCCUGGGCAAAGGCGGCCUCUUCGCAGACCAGGUGGGAGCCUUCGCAGUGCCCGUGAACGAGCUGCUCCGGGACUAUAUGGGGCGACAGCAAGAGAAGCACUGGUGGCUCGCGGUGCUCGUGAACCCACGCGGAGGCUGCCCGAAUCAGGGCCCCGUUCAGGAGGGUGUGAGUGUGGCCUGCCUUGACUCCUUCGCACGCACAGGAAUGCGGUACAAACCUCCCAGGCGUGCUUUGAAAGAUGGUACGAUUGAGGCUUACUCGGUAGAGAUCAGCAGCUUCUCGCGCUCGGGCUUCGUGGCGCUGGUCGGCUUUCGGGCUCAGGGCGACGGCUCUCUGGGGCCGCUGGUGGACCCGCGGCUCUCCCGGCUGCAGUUUGGGCACCGCAUCAUCAAAGAGCCUGAGUUGGACCUCAAGGUCCGGAACUACGGCGACUUCGGGGUGCCAGGGGUCCUCGAGGGGACCCUGGAGUUUGCCUUCGACUCCUCGACGAGGAUCUGCGGCGACUACAUGUUGCACUACGGCGGCGUUGCCGAGUACAAGCCCGCACUCAAGCUGGAGCUCCGCAGAGAGCCCAACCAGUCACAGCAGCAGGUCUCCCGGUUGCUGGCCGGUUACUGCGGGAAGGAGUGGGAGCUGGCGAACCCGGAGACGCCUUACAAAGACAGCCUAAUUGCUGGGGCGCUGCAGCUUGCAGACACACCUCAACAGGAGAGUGCCCACGACUGUGGCUUCUUUAUCCUGGAACAGGUGCUCCGGCUGCUGCAGCUCAGCCCCACAGCUCUGAGGUCUUUGGCGCAGAGGUCAACCGAGGAUGUUGCGGGCUUGCCUUGGCCAGCACAGAGGGAGGUGGUGAAGCGGAAGAAGAAGCUGCGGGAGGUGACCGCGGACUUGUUUGUGGCAGCGCGCCGCCAGGGCACCGGGGACGUGGAGGUGCUACUCAAGCAGGAUGAGGUCCUGCGCAAGAAGCUGCUGCUCGCCAUGUGGGAAGGCCCGUAUUUUGCCAAAGCAGUCGCGAACCUGAUCGGCAUGGAUCCGGGACCUCUUCCCGAAAUCCCGACUCUACCCAAGGAAGAAGAGGCAAAAAAGCACGAAGCGGAGGAGGAAUCUGAGUCGGACAGCAGUGAGAGGAGCAGCAGCAGCCAUCGAAGCAGCAGCAGUGCUUCUUCGAGCCGCAGCCGGAAGCGGAAGCACGAGGAGAGCCGCAGCCGCAGCAGGAAGCGGGCCCGCAAGGAGCGGAAGGAAGGCCACGGGCACCGGGCCGAGCGCCCGGCCCGGCCGCCCCCGCCGCCCAGCUUCACCAAGGAGGACCUCCAAGGCUACCCGUCCAAGACCUUGCGGAACCUCUGCGUGCAGUACAAGGUGCUUCCUCCGGGCAUGGUGGAGCGCACGGACUUGUUGAAGGCCCUGGAGCGCCUGGCCAUCGUGAAGAGCGCCGUUCCCGCCGGUACGGCGGCGGCUGCCAAGGCGGUGGGCGAGCGCCUCGCAGGUGCCGCCCGGCCAGACCUUCCCAGCUUCACGACGGAGGACUUGGACACCAUGCCGAUCAGCAAGCUGAAGAUGUUUUGCAUUCAGUUUGGCCGGCUCCCUUCGGGCUCCCUGGAAAAGUCCGACUUGAAGAAGGCCCUGGCUCCUUUAGCCAAGCCGUCCACAAAGCCAAAGCAGGCCUUCAGCGUCAGCGGCAAUGGGACUGCCUCUGGCCAUUCACAUAGCCACCACCACCACAAGAAGAGGGCCCUGCCCAGCUUCACUGCCACUGAGCUGGACACGAUGCCCAUCAGUCGGCUGAAGAGCUACUGCAUCCAGUAUGGCAAGAUGCCCCACGGCCCUGUGGAGCGCACGGACUUGGUGGCCCUCUUGAAGCCCUUCGCGGGCGCCGCGGGCGCAGCCGCGGGCGCAGUGGGCGCAUCGGCACCGGGGUCGCUGGGCCCAGGCUCUGCGGCCACGGCAACGAGCUUCGGCUCCCAAGCGAGUGCCAAGCCAGCAGAGGCCGACAGCUUCGUCCUGGAGGACCUGAAGACCAUGAGCAUGAAGACGCUGAAGACGUUCUGUCUCAAGCACAAGGUCAUGCCGCAUGGACCUGUGGAGAAGUGUGACCUGCAGAAAGCACUGGAGCCGUUCGCCAGAAAAUGCGCCUGCAUGCCUCCUGCCCCGAGAUUGCCCAGCUGGAUCGCUAUGAGCCACCAUUACGAUGGCCACAAGACGAUCUGCACGCCCGAAGACAAGGGAGUCGCCGGGCGCUUGGGCGGGCACACCUGGAACAUCAUCACUAACAGCAUCUUGUAUAAAUCUGUGGCCUAUCAGCUGGGAGCAUACGGGAGCGGGAGCAUCUGGGAGCACAUGGGAGCAGGUGACAAGCACGAGCUCUACCUCACGCAGGCACGCAGCCGUGAUCACUACAUCAACGACAAAGGCGAGAUCACUUCGGUGUGGUUCGACAGACGCAGGCGGGUUCCGCACUCGGUCCGCGGCCUCGAGGGGGCGAACUGGAGUGCUAAUGUCAAGGAGAGCCUGCUGAGUCCAGGCGCCGGCACACCUCAAGGGCCUCCUCCGAAAGCUCCGCGGAAUCAGCUCUUGCAGGCCUCGGCUCCGCGGGACUUCGCGUUGUACUCCGCGCGGCGGCGCGAGGUGGUGCCGCCCACGCCGGAGCAUUCGGGACACCUGGACAGGACGCUUGGCACGGAUCAGGUGAGGCUGCGCGACUCUUGGACGCCCAGAGCGCCCAAGGUCCUGGAUCGCAAGGAGUGGACACCGCGGCGUGGAGAAGCGCGAAUGGAGCUCAAGCCCCCGCGAGAGGAGGAGCUGUUCAGCUCCCUGGGACAGCGCGCCGAGUCGCACAUUGAUGUGCAGCAGGGCAGCUUCGCGCAGCGGCUUGGGAGCUCCCGCGAAAGUUGCGAUAUUUCAGGAGCCUAG